AUGAGCGACCACAAAACAAUUGAAUUUGAACUCAACAAUGGAUUAAAAAUUCCAGCGAUUGCUUUAGGGACUUGGCUCUCAGAGAAAGAUCUUGUUGGGAAUGCUGUAUUGACAGCAUUGAACCAUGGAUAUCGCCACAUCGACUGUGCUAAAUGUUAUGAGAAUGAGGAAGAAAUCGGGACCAUCGCUUUUGGCCCAUUCUUUAAAGAAGGCAAAGUUAAAAGAAGUGACGUUUGGAUCACAUCAAAGCUUUGGCUUGAUUCAAAGAGAAAGGACCAAGUGAUUCCCGCUUGCAAAGAAUCACUUAGAAAAUUGCAAUUAGACUAUUUGGACUUGUACCUCAUUCAUUGGCCCGUCUCAAUUAAGGUCGGUGCGACCUUCCCAAUGAAGAAAGACGACUUCAUUGAAGUUCCAAUAGAAGAGACUUGGAGAGAAAUGGAGAAACUCGUUGAGAUGGGAUUAGUCAAGUCAAUUGGUGUGUCGAACUUCACUAUCCCUCAAUUAGAGAAGUUACUGAGUAUCGCUAAGAUUAAGCCGGCCGUCAACCAAGUCGAAUUUGGAGUCUUCUUACAACAACCAAAGCUGAUGGAAUACUGCAAAGAACAUAACAUCCAUGUCACCGGUUACUCUCCACUUGGAAAUAACGGAAAUGCAGGAAGAAAUAAAGUCGACAAUGUUCUUGAAGUGCCUUUGUUGAAAGAAAUUGCUCAGAAACACGAGAAAACAGUCGCACAAGUUAUUUUGAGAUUUAUUGUCCAAUCGGGACAUUCAACUUUACCCAAAUCAGUUCAUGCUGAAAGAAUCAUUCAAAACUUUAACAUCUUCGACUUUGCUUUGUCUGAUGAGGAAAUGGAGAAAAUAAGAAAGCUCGAUAGAUAUGAAAGAACAUGUGAUGGGUCCUUCUUCUAUGAAGUCCAGGGAAUAGACAAAGACGUUUUCUGGGGGAUUAAAUAA